AUGCUUUCACAGUUGGUUGAGGCUUUCCAGCGGCUCGUAAGUCAAUUAAAAAGUCAAUUUGUGUGGGUUCGCUGCUGGUUGCCAUUACCACGGCACUUCUACGGUUUCCCGCGGGAAACUGAGUCACGGACACGGUUGCGUCUGCGGGUGAGGGAACGACUGCGGAGGAAUCCCGAAGAACGGGCCAGUCACCAGCGGAAUCGGCGGACACUGCGCCGCCAUCUGGUCAUGGACUACAUCUUCGAGUGCUUCUUCGAUGACACCUUUGAGCAGAUCUCCAGGAACGGGCUGCAGGAUCGCCAGUCCCGACGAGAUGUCUUGGACCACCUCAGCUCCAUAAUUAAGGGCUGCAGCGAGGGACAGAACUCCCAAACGGAGGAAGUGGCUGCCAUCGCAGUGACAGCAGCCAUGAGAUUCCAUCGAAUGGCCAAGGAACAGAACGGAAAGGUUUGCCUCAUGGGCAAGUAUCACAACAUCCUGUACAUCGGCCUGCGAACCUGCUGGGACUGGGGAGUUCGGGACUCGGAGGUGGUCGUUCAGCUGCUGGUGGCCAUUUAUGAGUGCGAGAAGACUUAUGAACGGAUCUUCCUGGGCGCCCUGUUUGGGCCACAUGCUCCGCACUUCAUCGCCGGUUGGCGCAGUGACUUCCAGGACCAGCACGAGAAUGUCCGGGCGAUGGUUUACUUUCUGAAGCACGCCACACGCCAACGGCUCACAUUGCCCGUCUGGAUUCCGCGCUUCGAACAGGAGCGGCAGCUCAGAUUUAUUGAUGUUCCUAUCGAGUCCUGCGGCAAGUCCUCGCCCCUUCGCAUCGCCCUGCAGGCAAACGCUCCUGAACUGCUGCUCAUACUGCUGAGAUACGGUGCCGCACCACAGCCGCCGGACGGAGGCGCCUCCGUAAUUAUCGCACUGCUCGACAAACUCAUCGAGGAUGGCCGCAAUUACAGUUUCGAACUGGUGAUGUGCCUCAAGAUACUCCUACGCAAUGUGGCCAUGAUUGAAAUGCCCUUUAAGCCCCUUUUGUAUGCUUCCCGAAGAGAAAUGUUCUUCGAUCGCUAUGGCCGCCUGUUGAUGGACAAGAUUAUUGGCAAGGAUCAGGUCUACGGAGUGCCCAGCCUUCGACAUUUAUGCCGCUGCUGCAUUCGCGAUGUCCUGCGGGAGCACAACCAACUGCCGAAUGGCAUCGACACGCUGAGGCUGCCGAAGCGCCUGCAACGCUACAUCGAUCUCACCGAGGAACUUGAAGGUCCCGAGGCCCAGACGGAGGAAAAGGAUCAGAGCCGGGGGAAAGCCGUGCCCAAAUGCAAACUGGGAAGUGAGGUGCCCCGCCUGGAGACCAUCAGCAGUGCGGGAGAAAGUGAGGACGAGAGUGAGAAUCAUGUGCAGCUCCUGCAGGCUGUCACGGAUCCGGAAAAAGCGGCUCUGGCGGCAUUCGUGGCCACUGGCGACGGUGCCUAUACGGAGGAGGCCAAAAAGGCAGCGGUGGCGGCAUACGUGGCUGCCUGUCCUCCCGAUUUCGAUCCCGAUUUUCCACCAAUUUCCCUGCCCGGGGAACCCAGAUAGCCAAAUACAUAGGACUAGCACUCACCGAUAGGUUUCCUCGCUGACAUUGAUGCGGCCCGGAACGCCCGUGGUCUCCGUCCGGCUGGUGAGAUUGACCGUAUUUCCAAAUAGACAGUAGCGCGGCACCCGGUUGCCAAUCACUCCGGUCACCACUUCGCCGGAAUGGAUGCCUAUGGUGAUUUGCUGAAAAGAAGGACCAAACAAGAAUUUAUAAUCUUAGGAUUUGUAAGGGAAUUUAUCUAGAAAAUAAACAGCCGUGGCUAAAUUUAUGAUCUGAA